AUGGCUGAGCUGCAAGACGAAGAGGAGGAGGGCUCUGCUAGAGGGUCAGACUUGCCUGAAGAGUUUGACCUGGAGCUCAGUUUUGUGAUUUCAGGAAUUGAGACCAACUUCAACUACCCAGUGUUGGUGCUGCAAGACGUCAUAGACCCGGAGAAGCACUGUGAGUGCGUUGCUGUCACCCGAGUGGACGGGGAAGUGCUCCUGGCUGUUCCUGAGAGAGGUUGGCACAAAAAGCGGGUGCAUCGAAAAAUUGCGCCCUCUGCUCUGACAAAAGCUGUCCGAGUAGUUUGUGCCGGCUGCCCUGCUGCUGCGAGAGACGAGCCUGAAGCUGUUCCCACUUUGAAGGCAUGGCUGGGUCUGUUAGACCCUACACUGGAAGCCCUGCUCACCAACGAGGCGGAGGCCGGUUUGGUUUUCCCUCUGGAUGCGGCGGGCAGCCCGUUUGUGCCCUAUGCCCCAGCUCUAGUAGCAGUAGCUCAAGACCACUUUGCCUUUGUCACUGCCUACGAGGGUGGCGAAGCAGGAGAGAUGAAGGUGAGAAUGGAGAAGCUGGAAGAUGGCCUAGCUCAAGUCUUAACCGAGCUAGGAAGACUGCGACAGCCCACAAAAGUGACCGGGCUGACUGCUACACCAAAGCCGGCCUCAGCCAAGCCUCAGAAGCAAGUGGCCACCGCAGCUGCCCCAGCCGGGCUGAGUGCAGCGCUUGUACAACAGGCACUGCAUGCCGGAGUUUCCCAACAAGCCCUAGCCGAGGUGAGUGCUCUCUUGGGAGGAGUCCCAGCCAACAAGAUGACGGCUGCCAACGCCCCAGACUUCAAGGAGCUCACAUCCGACGACGAGGAGGAGGAGCCUGCCGUAGGCGCAUCUGGAUCAGCAGAUCCGGUUGGACAAGCGGUAGUACAUCUGUCGAAGAUCGUGUCGGAGAUGAGGAAGGAGAAGCUGAAAAAGAAAGACAAGGGUCUGGAGUCCAUCUUGGAUCACGCAGAAUCUGGUGCCCCAAGAGAUGCCGCUCCCAGCUCCUCCAGUCGCUCGCACAUGGCCGCUCUUCGAUCUCUGCAGAAGUUGCUCGACCAGCAGCCUCACUUGCUCUAUCGCGAGAUCGAGAAGUUGAUGGCGGAGGAUUGGCAAACUGGAGGAGCUAUGCCGGGCGUCGCAAUGAUGCCCACGACGGCUCGUGGCUGGUUGGAGCACAGGAGCAAAAUUGGCAACUAUGUGGGAGCCAUCCGUCCCGCCUGGAUCAUGGCUGGAGCUUGGGACGACCUCAGACAAGGCAAUGCAGACCGCGCUCGCGCACGACUUGCUUUGGGAGUGGCUGGGAAGAUGAGCCUCGAACAUCCUCCUCCAUAUGGGGGCUUCAGCGCCCGCCAGCCUCCGGAUGUGUGGGAGACACCUCACACGCGCCUCAUCGAUGGCCGCUGGUUCGACCUGUUGAUCAGCAAACUCCGCAGCUUGGCCGACUACCAGGAGAAGAAGGCAAAGCUCAAUCCUGGCAAGGGCAAGGCCGAAGAAGGGCAACCGAAAGCAGAACCAACAAAGAAGCCUCAAGCGAAACAAGGCGGCAAAGGAGGAGGAAAGAAAGGAGGAAAAGGGGAAGAGCAAGAAAUUGCUCUGGACGAAGACUGUCGCCAGAAGGAGGCGUUUCCGGAGCCGCAUGUGUCUGCUGGCGUUCGAGUACCCGGUGCACGGGCAGAGACUUGUAACGUCAAGCAGCUGUGGAAUUCAUUGAUGAGAUGGAUUAGUUCUACCUCGUCUUCUUUUUCCCGUUUUUUGAAGUCUUUGCUCAGCACUGCACCGCCUGUUGAGGGUGGUACAACCUCUACCUUGUGGCCUAUGCCAAUGCCCUAUCCUGCAGUCUGGUCCCACGAAGUUGGAACUGAAGACGGUGCGGCGAUCACUAGAGCUCAGCAGAGGGCUGUCAAUUUGGUGAUAGCCGCACUGAGCUGGCUGCAUAUGGGGCGCCCUGGCGUUGCUCCGUCAUCCAUGUCUCUAGCGGCUUCUUUGUCCAGAAGGCAGUGGCAAGUGGUUAAGCGUUUUGAGAGGCAGAUGGAAGAUGUGAGUGAGAGUGGAGAUAUAGAUGCGGCCAUGAUGGGCCGCACAGCUGCUAAGGUAGAAGGUUUGGAUGCAAUCAUUGCGGAACUGCAACAGCGGGCUAUUGCUUGGAAAGCUGAUAGCUAUGAGCAGCGUUGGCAAGCACAGGACCGUCGAAACCUGGCGGCAAAGUACAAAUCUGGACAUCAGCUCCUGGACCCUGGCGUAGUUGUGGGCAAGUUGAAAGUAGGCGUCCCUGCUUUAGCAAAAGAAGUAGAUGCCUCUAGGCUGUCAGUUCCCGAAAAGCCUCCAGAGUUUGAUCCUGCUGAUUUGUUUGGAGAACUUCAUGCGACAGUUUAUAAAGACCCGGUCAGCCAAGCUAUAACUCCUCAUGAAGCUGAUAUGAUGCCUCCCAGAGUUAGAGUACAUGCUUCUAGGGAUCAAGCUCUUCGUUUCCUGCAGUUCUUGGAUGAGCGCCGGCGUUUGGAGCUAGUGCCAGCUGAAAAAGUACGAGAGUCGCACCUUUGUGGAGCUUUCGCCUUGACCAAGGACUUAGAGAAAGAUCGAUUGAUACUAGAUGCCAGACCUGCAAACAUGUUGGAGAGAACCUUGAAUGCUUGGACCCGGACGAUGGGAUCAGUGCAAGCGCUGUUGCAACUUGAGAUUCCCCCUACAAUGUCUUUGUAUUUUUCUGGGACAGAUCUUAGGGAUUACUACUAUUGUUUUCGGGUUUCAUCGAGAAGAGCAUGGCGCAACGCUAUGAGACUGCCUUUAUCACCUGCAGAAGUAGCCGGGCUCAACUGUUUCUCACCUAGCAUGAAGCACUACAAGACACUGUACCCCUGUUUGAGUACCAUGGCAAUGGGAGACAACAAUGCUGUAGAAAUGGGUCAAGCUGCUCAUGUUAACAUUGGGAUUCAAAUUGGAGCUAUCAAACCCAAGGAACUUCUCACAACUCAUGGCAGAGCACCUAGGAGCAACAUUGCGUGUGGCCUUAUUAUCGAUGAUAUCAUUUUUGCUGAACAGCGAGAGACACCACCUAGUGAUGCCGUGCCUUCAGAAGGCGCUCGUCGGCUGCGGGCUAUGUGCGCUGAAUAUGAGCGACGUCAUUUGUUUGCUCACCCUCGCAAGACCUUUGUGGAUGAGAACACGGUGGAAUUUUGGGGAGCAGCUAUGAACGGCUCUUCUGGGUUGGUGAGACCAGCUCCGACACGACUGGUGCCACUGCUGUCGCUGACUGCAAAAGUGGCCAAGCUUGGUUACGCGUCGGUGGCUCUUCUGGAAGUUCUGGCAGGAGCUUGGGUUUCCGUUCUCCAAUUCAGGCGCAGGACUUUGUGUUUGUUGGAUGCUAUUUAUGUGGCUCAGCGAGGUCGGGAGUCGGAUGAUGUAGUGCGGAUUUCUGGGCACCUACAGGAUGAGCUUUGGUUGCUUGCCAUUUUGGGACCCAUUAUCUGCACAGACAUGAGGGCACAAAGCAUCCCUGAAGUUUUUCUUUCUGAUGCUGCGGAGGAGGCUCAAGCAGUGGUUAGUUGCCCUGUACCGCAGUUCUUUACAAAAGAGUUGCAAAGGCACUGCCUUACCAGAGGCAGUUGGAGCAAGCUUCUUUCGCCUUGGAAGGUUUGGUUGAAGAGUCAUGCCCAACUGCCCUUGGAGGACGAACUCCCGGAGGGCGUCCCCCUGGUUUCUCACCCCUUGUGGCUUGAGCUGGCGAAGACCCUGCAGUUUCAGCAAGACAUCUUUGUGAGAGUGCGGAAGAAGAAGCACAUUAAUUUCCUGGAGCUGGAGACCAUUUCGCUCUUCGAGCGGAAGCUGGCUCAACGCUACCAGGAUGUGCGCUAUGUGAUGGGUGCUGACAGCCAGGUAGCUCUUGCCUGCUUGGUCAAAGGCAGAUCAAGCUCUCCUGCACUUAACCAGUUGUUGCAAAGAAGUUUGGCAACGGCAUUAGGUUGUGGCUUAUACGGCAACCUGGGGUUCGUCCCGUCUUUGGCCAAUGUGGCCGACGACCCUACCAGGGAUCGACCUGUCCGAGCUCCAAUUGAAGAAGCCCCUGCAUGGCUGGUCGCCGCAUUUGGCGGGGAUUUUAGCAAGAUGGACAAGUGGCUGGAACGAUUGGGGUACGACCCGAUGCAUGUUGCUGAGUUGCCCUUUUCCGAAGGCACUGAAAUCAGUGCCACCGCGUUAGCUAGGGAGUUGGUGCCAGGUCUGCGCGAUGUACAGAAGCCUGACAGGCUGACAGGUUAG